AGCUCUGGACUUUCCCACUCUCAUAUUCGAAGCCGCUUUUUUUUUUUUUUUUUAAUCCCUCCAGCAGCUGCUGUUCUUCCUCUUCCACUUCCAGAACCUUUCUUCUAAGGAAUCUAGGGAUUCUUUCAUUGUUUCUGUGCUCUCUUGGUCGUCGUUUUGUGGUGGGUUGGAUUCGUUUCGGAUCUCGAUCUGCGUUCUGGAAUAAUGGAUAGUCGUAAAAGAGGUCGACAUGAAGGUGGCGGCUUUCACUCUAAUGGCGGCUUCAAGAAGAACAAGCAAGAAUUGGAGUCCUUUUCAACUGGUGUAGGAAGCAAAUCGAAGCCAUGCACCAAAUUUUUCAGCACUGCUGGAUGUCCUUUUGGUGAGAGUUGCCAUUUCCUGCACUACGUUCCUGGAGGUUACAAUGCCGUAGCUAAAAUGAUGAAUCUGGCGCCUGCUCCUCCACCACCUAGGAACAUUCCUGGCCCACCAUCCCAUUCCAAUGGAUCCAAUUCAUCUGGAGUUAAAUCACGCAUGUGCAGUAAAUAUAAUUCUCCUGAAGGCUGCAAAUUUGGUGACAAAUGUCAUUUUGCUCAUGGUGAGUGGGAACUCGGCAAGCCUCUUGCUCAGUCCCACGAUGAUCCACGUGCCAUGGGACCUGGUCCAGGCCGUAUGGGUAAUUGGAUGGAGCCACACCUGGCAGGCCCUGCAUCUAGCUUUGGUGCCUCAUCUACAGCAAAAAUCAGUGUGGAUGCUUCACAUGCAGGAGCCAUAAUUGGGAAGGGUGGUGUGCAUUCGAAGCAGAUUUGUCUCCAGACAGGAGCGAAGCUUUCAAUCCGGGACCAUGAGUCAAAUCCCAAUCUCAGGAACAUUGAACUUGAGGGGACCUUUGAACAGAUUCAGCAAGCUAGUGCCAUGGUAAGCGAGCUAAUUGCGACUGUUUCAACCUCUGGCCCUGGAAAGGCUCCAGGAGCAGGAGGAGGAGGAGGAGGAGGAGGAGGAGGAGGCCGAGGAGCCCCAGCCCCUCCCAGAAGUAACUAUAAGACGAAACUAUGUGAUAAUUUUACCAAAGGGACUUGCACAUUUGGAGAAAGAUGUCACUUUGCACACGGGGCUGCUGAAUUGCGGAAGUCUGGAGUGUGAGUGCUCUUUUUGAAUAUUUUUUCUUGCAGUCAGAAUCGUGUUCCAGUGGGAGAGCUGUUUUGAUUUGUCGAUGUGCAAUACCACCCAGAUGAAUUUACAGAUAAUGAUAUCUGAGGUUUUUGUAGGCAUAAACGUUACUUUCUGAAUAUAUGUCUUAUGUGCUUGACAUUUUCCUUGUGUUAAAAACUGGGUUAAAGGAACA